AUGGCGGGAUUGACCUGCGGCUAUGACUCUGGAGUUUUACCACAGGUGUUUCUACUUGUGGAAGAUGAAUCAAAACUAAUAAAAUUGAAAGAGACUGAAUUUCAGAACACUUUGCUUAGUGUGGGGCUAGGAUCAGCAAUUUUGGGAUCUUCGGGAGGGCCUUGGGUCGCUGAAACCCUCGGAAGAAAGAUUUCCAUAAUCUGUGCAGAUAUUUUGUUUGUUAUUGGGUUGGCAAUGUUUUCUAUGGCCCCCGCUACUGAAAUGCUGGGACGAACCCUUGAAGCUGAAGAACUUACGGACAAACUUCACCCCAGAGAGAUCGCAGAUGAGCUCAAAAAGUAUUUUAAGAGAAUAACCGAAAGUGGCGUUUGCACUUUUCCACGAAAAGCAAAAUUAGCAAUGAGCCAGGAACCCUUUCUUCGAGCACUCCGUGCUGGGCUUACGGUUCAGGCGGCCCAAAACUUCUCUGGGUUCAAAAUGAUGCUUAAAUAUUUGCCGGACGUGUUGCAUCUUUCUGGGAUGAGAUCAUCAGUCAUUCUUAGCCAAGUCUCAAUCAUUUCAUCCUCCGUGAUUUGCUUUGGCUUCCUGUGCACCUUCAUGGUCAUAGACAGAAUUGGUCGUCGAGUAUUAUUCAUCUGUUCCUUGAUUUUAAUCUCCCUCGUCCAUCUCGGAAUGGGGUCGAUAAUCAACACGAGUUCAAAGAAUGAUCAAAUGGAGGAGAACGGGUUUUUAGGAUUUGCUGGGGCUUUGCUCUAUACCGUCUUCUUUUUCUCUUACACCAUAGGAAUUGGGACCUUAACCCCCAUCUACAACGCGGAAAUAUAUGAAACAAAGUUCAGUUUAGUUGGCAUGGGAACUUCAUUCAUAUUUUCUUGGACACUGGCAUUGAUAAUGGGAAACAUUUUCGUACCACCUGAUUCAUUUUCAAAAGCCAGCGGAACUUUCUACCUUAGCUGUGGCCUCUCUCUACUAGGCUUGAUUGCCGUCUACACACUCGUUCCUGAAACACUGCAAAAAACACCAGAACAAAUAUUGGAGAUCAUGAAAGAAAAGUUCUACCCCUGGCCCUUCAAUAGCCGUUAG